AUGGCAACUCAAACUCAGCCAAAAGUUGACGUCUCGUUCCAACAACCGACAAAGUUACCUAUUCCAAGGCUUCAAAACGCGGGCAAUACUAUGGUGUCUGCUCAGAAGAGUACGGCCGAGAUGUUACUUUCCUCCGGGUGGUCUACUACUACGCCGCUCUUACCCACCCUGGCUGUCAUACCUCAAAACCCUCUCUCCAACACAAUCGGCAAACCAGUGCCAAACAAACGGGGACGCAAGCCAUUAACGGCUAUGCCAUCAACGAAAAAGCACAUGCAAAACUUGACCAAUCAACGUGCUUUCCGUCAACGUCGAGAGAACUAUAUUCGCAGUUUGGAGAACAAAGCAGCCACGCUAGAGAUUCUCUACGCACAAGCGCGGGAGGAAAUCAAAUCUUUGAAGGACCAACUGGCGUCGUUUGGAAAGCAACGUUUGAACGGAGGUGAUGCAUCAAUCUGCGCUAAUGGACUCAGUGCAGAAACCAUGGACACGCAAUUCGCACGGAAACUGUGCUCGAAGCCGCUUGAUUCUUGCUGCGGUGUUGACAGAUCGAUGUAUACAGUUACCGACAUGGAGAACCAUGACCUGUCGGGCAGUCAACUGUUUGGUGCCAACACAGACAACCAGCAGAAGAACGGCCUUUCGUGUGAUGUUGUUAUGGGUGACUCGUUAAAUACAGCAGCAGAUGCUUCCGAUCAACAUAAACGAGAUCAACAAUCUCCGUCACAUCUCCAAUCACAGCAAGAUGCCUUAAAUGACAGCUUUCUACUGAACCCAAUGUUUUGCGAACCCAAAACUGGCGAGCUUUGUUAUUGUGACCCUGAAUCUGUCACGGACACAGACACCUUCUUAAAGGCUCCACAAAUCGCUAAAUGCUACGUCGAUGAAGCGACAGGCAAACGCAUGUGGAUCAUCCCGAAAGACGUUCUAACGCCUCCUUUUGCCACUCCAGAUUCAUCCUCUCAGUACUAUUCAACUUCAUACACUUUACCAUCGCCUGAUGAACCAGAGCCUCAUUGGCUACAACAGCAGCAAUAUUACAAUAGCGCUCCACCGCCCACACCUCCUUCUAAUGGGUACAGCAACGGACAAUUAGAGCUGAAAUGGAUGAUGGAAGAUAGUCAGAGAGGAGAGGGCCAGACCUGUGGCGGGACGGUAUAG